UUCCCGAUGAACAUUUCAUUAUUAUAAUUAAGUACGUUUUAAAUUUUAAAAAAAGUUGUUUUUAUAGUUGUACAGUUCUUAUCGCUGUGUUGAAUGACAGUGUUGUUUUGUCUUUAUAUUUGUCUUUAUAUUUAUUUGUCAGUAUAAGUGGGAUAAUGGCUCUGUCUGAACGGUUCUGUGACUAAUUUCUUGCAGCUCUUACGCUUUAGCCCUCUCUGUGGCUCCGCUCCUUAAGGGUGCAGAUGAAGCCAGUAUUUUAUUUAGCGACCUGGACUGUGAUGGUACAGAGACCAGCUUAGCUCAUUGUAAACACAGUGGCUUCUACAACCACACCUGCACUCACAAUAAUGACGUGGGUUUAAGCUGUGAACUUGAUGCGGAAUACCGCCUGACUGGCACUCUGCGCACCAGCCUCGCCAUGGGGCGCUUUGAGAUGCUUAGUGGACCCAUCACGAUUAAUGGGAAAGAAUUCUUGAACGAAAAUGGAAUGCAGUAUGUGGCAAUACGUACUCUGCUACAAGCACUGCCAAAGUUAUCUGCAGACAGCUUCGUCAUCCAUCAAGUGGGGCUGUGCUUAUUCCUGCAUCCUUAUUUGGCGAAAAAGGAAUUGGACACUGGAUGACUGACAGUAACUGUGCAGGUGAUGAAGCGAAUAUUAUCGCUUGCACCCAAAGGAUAACUGGCUACUUCCCCUCGUGCCCCAAAUCAAGAGAAUUCGGUGUGAUCUGCAGCGAUUCAAACCCUGGCCUUUAUAUCCUCCUGGAGAACAACGGCACAAACGAAGCUUUUCCCCCGUUUGAGGGAACGAAUGUUAGUUUAAAGUGUGAAAGCACAAGACAAAUUGAGUUAGAAGCCAACUACACCUGGCCAGAGACUGCAGGUGGUCGUCCUUAUGGGAAAUACCUGAUCUUUGACAACGUGACCAGAGCUCACAGUAAACGCCGAGUGAAGUGUGGUGCCACCUACAUCAAAGAUGGUCGCAGAGAGGUUGUGUCUAGUGACCCAAUCACAAUGCAGGUUUACUACAAACCUGUCAUCAGGAUUUUGUCUGAUACUUCUACGUGUGAGCCACAUGCAUCGCCAUCAAAUACUUGCUACAUCACUAAGGGUCAGAAUGUUAACCUGGUCUGUGAAGCUGAAAGCAACCCCAUCCCUGCCCUGUUCCAAUGGUCGGAAAAAUACAUUUCAAACAGCAAAAAGCUGCAGAUACUAUCAGCACAUGUGUCGAAACACGAUUGCCGUUACAGGUGUACUGUGUCAACAACCAUACAUGAUGAAAGCGACAGUCGUCUGCCUUUGUCAUCAUCUUACCUGUUCACUGUCAUCGUUCAAGAGCCGCCCGCUGUGUUAAGCUUCACUGCCAAUGAUGAACACAAUACGACGAUGAUGGUUGACGAGAACUCCAAUGUGAGCUUGUCAUGUGAGGCUGCUGGGAGGCCCACACCUAGCAUGAUCCUCAAAGCGACUCAAACAGCCGUGAACUGAGCAGAAUUCUUGAAGAUGAUCUACAACCUAGUGACAGAACAGGAAAAAUAGUUUUUGUCAUGCAUGACAUGCAGUGCGAGAACUCGGGUACCUACAGGUGUGAGGCGGACAACCGAGCAGGACAGGACAGAAGAACUCUCAAGCUUUUUGUGCCAUGUGCUCCGAGAGCACGAAACAGAGAAGAAAAAAUUGUCUAUGUUGACGUUGUUAAUUUUCGAGGGUCUCUCACUUUGGAAAUGGUCGCAUACCCACAACCUUAUGUGAAAUCCAUGGCGAUUUAUGGAGCAGACGUGAACGACACGGUCGAGGUUUGCUAGAGGACCGAAUAAACGUUACCUGUGCUGCGACAACUGUUGCACCUGCUUUGCUUACCUGUAACAUCGCUGUCGUCAAUGUCACUGAUGGCGACGUCUACCAGAUUGUUUUCAGCAACCACCUCGGAGACUUGACUUUUAAUUUCACAGGUAGACAUAUAGGUGAGUAUAAGACUAGUGCUUGGUUUUACAGGCAACAGGAUUGUUUAUGUUAUCAUCAUUAAAAACACGUACAACUAUGAAUUAGUCCACAUUCACGUCCACUAUUCCUUCCCUCCCCCGCCCUUCCGAGUUUGGAUGAUUCAAAAGCAGGUCGGUGCACUCAGAAAACUCCGAAAGAAGUUUGGGUGUUUUUCAACCCGGUCCGCUACUCAUACCUGCUGAUGUUUCUACAUUUUUUCCUCAUUUUUUUUUAUUUUGGAAAAGAGGACAAUUCAUAAGGUAAGUGAGUAAUUAAAAUAAUUAAUGAGUAUGAGUAUAUAUAAUGGAUACUAUACUAGUAUGUGAAUGUACUUGAAGGAUGUGCAUCUCUUUACUACAUCGAUAUAUAUUUCGAUUGAGCCUCAGUUUAUAGUAUAGACAUCGGCGAGAAAUUGGUUUUGGCUCGAGACGGAGAUAGCAUCAAGCUGACGAUAGUAAACACCAUCAACAAUGGCGCCUCGUCGUUUGCCGGGGACAAAGGUAAGCUGCAGAAAGUAUUUCUACCAAUCAUCUAUCGGACUAAUGUUUGAACACAUUUUUUUUUAUUCUACUGUUAGUAAAAUCAUAACAGUGUAUUCACUAGUGUGAACACAGCAUGAACAAUCAUGAUCUCCUGUUUUGUAACAAUUUAUUUCUUAAAAUGAACUCAAACCCUCUCUAGCAACUGUUUAUUUCUUAUCGUGAGAAGAACUUCUGUAUGAACUGUAUACUCGUUAACAUUAAGACAAAUCUUAUUCAGAAAUAGUUUAUUCUUUGAUACAAGACCAAUGCAGAAGUAAUUUAUAUUUAAGUGUGAAAAAAUAAGGACUGUGUCGUUUCAGGAUUUGAUCGUAUGGAGCGAAGGUCCGCUUGCUCUUUCCUGUGAAUAGCAGAUGUAAUCUAGUAACCGGUUAUUUUUGCGAAGGAUGGGCGAAGCUAGCGUUAAGAUGGUCAACAACAACAAGAUGCCUAAAAAAAAAAAAUAAUAAGGCGUGCCAACUCUGGUGGAGGAUUUGUUAGCGAACUGCCUUUGAGAGAUAUUAGAUUGUGUCUGCCAUGUGAACAAGUGGAGACUUGAUAUCCUGCUGAUAGUUCUGUUUGCCUUCCUGUCUUGCUUGAGAUGAAAAUGAGAUAAGCUUGAGACUCAUGUGAAGCUGAAUGCGUUAUCUUUGUGGAUAUUUUUGGUUGCUGUUUGUUUUUUUCUUGCAGAUCCAAGUCCGCACUUGGUGGUCACUAUUGGAAACAGUACCUGAAUUCUUUUGAACCCUUUUUCUGCUGGGGCCAAAUGAUUUUAUGCCGUCGGUGCUGAAUAUUUGAAAAUAAAUUAUUUUACAAAUGUA